AUGUUCCUCCGUUCCCGCAUCCUUCGUGCGGGUGGUGGCGGCAUCCUUGACAAGAUGAUGCCAGGCUACAAGGACAAGAUUUGGGCGAGGCUCCCGCAGGGUGUCAAAGAGUACCAGGUGAAGAGUGAAAACAAUGCCUUCGAGACCGGCAUCAAGCAACACAAGAGCUGGCAAGGCUACCUCCUGGCCUGGAAGGACAUGGAGUCGAGCUUCGUGCCCUCGCAGAAGUACCGUAAGCAGGCCGUUGACUGGCGGAG